CACGAUCAGAGAGAAGUUAUAAGGUCCGAUCAGCUGUUUUCCUUCAACACAAACCUGUCCCGCCUGUUCCUACCUGUUUGACGACGUUGACCCUCCUAGCUUGUUAUGACUCGUUCAAAAGAUUUUUUUACGUCUUUUGCAAGGGGGAAGAAGCUGCGGUGACUAGCGCUUAGGCAACACUUUUCUUGCACGUUAUUUUUCUUCUGUUUUCGCUUUUGUGUGGACUUUUAGGUAACGGGACAGAGAACGGGGGGAGCUGUAUUUUCCAGGUGAGCAGGGAGGAUCGGAAGCCCUUCUGGACGGCAUGGAAACGGACGAGUGGCACUUGCUGUGUACGAAGAUCGUCCUUCAUGUCUUCUGCCUGCUCAAUUCUACACGCCUUCAGCCCCAGGGAAGUGAUUUGCUGUUGCACGUACGAUCGUGGUGCUUAAAACGCAACAAAUUACCUACACAUGAUUAAGAGUGGAAGGAAAUCUGUCUUCAUAGACAAAAAAGGUGCUUUGGACAAAACUUAUUAUAAAGCGCUCGGAAUACAAGAAGGGAGCAACUCCUAAAAUCCUGCGGCGGAGCCAGAGGUCAUGGUCUUGGUGGAUUUUGAGGGCAACGAGGCGGAUGAGCUGACGGUGCACGUGGGAGACCUGGUGAAGAACGUUAGCAAGGCGGCCGAGGAUGGCUGGCUACAAGGGGAACUGCGGGGGGUGCGAGGCAUCUUUCCCGCCAACUUCGUCAAGGAAGUUCCUGCAUAUCUGAAGGGAGGUGAAAACAGAGAACCAAGAAGUAUCAGAAAACCGAAGACGGUGAAGGGGCCACCAACUAGGAGAUGUGAGGUCCUCUUCGCUUACAACCCCAUGAACGAAGACGAACUGGAGCUUACUGUAGGGGAGACCGUAGAGAUCCUCAAAGAGAUUGAAGACGGUUGGUGGUUAGGGAAGAGCAAUUACAAAUUAGGGGUCUUCCCAUCAAAUUUUGUCAAAGAGAUUUUCGUCACAGGAAAAGAUUACAAGCCUGCCGAAGGUAAAUCCCGGCCGAAGCUGACAGACGCCAUAUUCACCAAAGAGGUGAAGGAGCAGCAGAGGACGAGUGUGCGGAGAAAAAUUAACAGCGUGAAUGAAUGCUGCCAGGUCAUGUUCGACUACAAAUCGGUCCUGGACGACGAGCUGGAUUUGAAGAAGGGCGAUAUUGUGACGAUCAUCUCCAAGGAUUCGGAGGAUGAGGGCUGGUGGGAGGGCGAGCUGAACGGGCGGAGGGGAUAUUUCCCGGACAACUUUGUCAUGGUGCUCACCGUGCCCCACCUGCCAGGCGCCAUGAGCCAGCCGCCGGCACGCCAGUCACCCGAAAAGCCCCCAGGUGAGACUGAGCCCCCCCCAGUGGAAAAGGCGCCUCAUCAAGACGGCACGGACCUUGUGCCACCUGGCCAGGGAAGGGAGGAUAAGACCACCGGCUCCAUGAAGCAGAGGAAGGCCCCUCCACCGCCGGUGAAGGACAAGCCCAGCUGGCCUCCACAGAUCAAGACCAAUGGCGAGCAGUCACCCUCAUCACCAAAGCCAGCAGAGGAAAAGAAAGAAAAAGAUGUGGAUCAGUUUGAUAAUGUGAACGUGUCCCCCGCCAAACUGAACCACCCCACGGCCAACCGGGCGAAGCCCCCCCACAGGAGACCCCCUACCAACCUCCACUCCCCAUCCAGCCCUACAGGGGACCCAGAGCAGGCAGAAUUUGACAUGGCCCCAAAAAAAUUACCUGGGCUCGCAAAGGAGACUUGCCCGGUUGUGGUCCCCAAACCCACUUCCAAGGCAUCCCAGGAGGAGGCCGGCACCAUGGACGACGUUAGGACCGCCGUCCGCGACCUACAGAUGGCCCUGGCGCUGUUCAAGGCCCAGCAUGAGAGAGACAUGGAGGACCUGAAGGCGGAGCUGAAGGACGAGAGGAGCAAACGUGUGGCCCUGCAGGAGGAGGUACAGGCCUUGAAGAAAACUGUCAAGCAGCACUGAAUCUGGAUCAGUGCCUUUAUCCGGUGGAACUUCACAGGGACUUAAUGGUCCAGCAGGGCAGCCCGCCUGCCUGAUCUGGGCAAACCAUGGUGACUGUUGUUAAACACUUUUCCUGUGGCUUUAGAACUUUUCUCAUUUUGUAGUAGGUUAGCUGGAUUUUAUAUGCAACGUACUGUUCCGAUUUGCUAGCGCUGACCUUUCAUACAGUAUGAAUGGGGUGACUGAUCAGCUGGGAAAAACUAUUCUGCAUGUCAUUACGGCGUGAGAAUGUGUUUUUAAGCAAACUUCAGUGUAAAUAUUCACACAAAAAUGGAGGGUUUUGGAAAUCAUAUUUCUAAAAGAUUAUUUUUACGACUGACUAUAUAUCAGAUAAAAGAAGAUGGAAUAUGACUCAGGUGUACCAACCUGUAGGGUGUCUGUAGGAACAACCUGAACCUUAACGUGACUGUGAAGCUUGUUUGUCCGUUUUCUUCUCAUCGCACGUUUGUCUGCAUUCUGUAUCACUUGUUUUUGUUGGGUUUCGCCUAGUGCAGUAAAUGCCAACGCAUUGUGCACAGCCUUCAGCUUCAUUCAACAACAGCAGGAAUGUUUUGUGUUGGUUUACUUAGGUGUGAGCACCACUUUAAUCUGACAUUUGCUGUAAAUGUAAACGAAAGUGACAUCACUGCCCGCAAGGAUUAUGUACUUCUAACUAAUGAAAGGGGAUUAUUGGUCUGUGCAACAAAAAUGAUUUUGAUUGCUUGGGUACUUUUUCAAUACAACAGGUGUAGAUAUUAAAUGUUCUUACAGAACUUAUUACUUAAUAUAUAUAUUACUGCUAAUGGCUGUGUUCAGGUUCACUACCUGGGACUCACCUGAGUAAGCAGGGGGUUGUUCUGGCAUCAGAGGGUAUUGGGGGUUGAGCUGGUACCCUGUGGUUGAGUCUGGAACUGUUCAUUAAUGGAUGAUAAUUAGUAUUACGAAAUAAAAUCUGCCAAGGAAGUCGA